GUUGCUGCUGCUGGUGCUGGUGCUGCCGGGACCUCCGCGGCGGGAGCGGCGGCGGGAGCCAGGCGGACCCGGCCCGGCCAUGGACGAGCAAGCAGGGCCCGGCGUCUUCUUCAGCAACAACAACAACAACAACGCGCUGCUGCUGCCGCCGCCGGCGGGCGGGCCGGGGCUCGAGCCGGGCGAGGCGGCGGCAGCGGCGGCCGCCGCGGCGGUAGCGGGAGGAGGCGGCGGCGGCGGGGGGGUCGCAGCCUCCGGAGCCGCCGCGCCGCUGUCGGCGUCCCGGGCUCAGUACAGCGUGCCGGGCAUCCUGCAUUUCCUGCAGCACGAGUGGGGCCGCUUCGAGGCGGAGCGCGCCGAGUGGGAGGCGGAGCGGGCGGAGCUGCAGGCCCAGAUUGCCUUUCUUCAAGGUGAAAGGAAAGGACAGGAAAAUCUGAAGAAGGAUCUAGUGAGAAGAAUCAAAAUGCUGGAAUAUGCACUUAAACAGGAAAGGGCUAAAUAUCACAAAUUAAAAUAUGGCACAGAAUUGAAUCAGGGAGAUAUGAAGCCACCAAACUAUGAUUCUGAUGAAGGGAAUGAGGCAGAGAUUCAACCACAACAGAAUAGUCAGCUAAUAUGGAAACAAGGACGACAGCUGCUAAGACAGUAUCUACAAGAAGUGGGCUACACGGACACGAUAUUGGAUGUGAAGUCAAAACGAGUGCGAGCUUUAUUGGGCCUCUCAAGUGAUGCUUCAGAAAAAGAAAACAGAAAUCAAGAGCCGAUGGUAAAUGGCACAGAGGGCCAGAUUAAAGAAAGCACAAUGAUCGGGAAACCUGAAUUGACUGACUCUGCCUCUCUGCUAGAGACCUUCAAGUUUCUUGAAAAUGCAGCUGCAGAAUUUAGUGAUGAAGAAGAUGAAGAAGAUAUUGAAGGAAGAGAGAAAACAAUCAUUGAUACCGCAACAAUUGUAAGGAAAAGAGUGCUGUCUGAGAGCAGUGAAGACAGAGAUACAGAAGAAGCUUUGAAAGAGUUUGACUUUUUGGUUACCUCAGAUGAUGGUGAUGGGGAAUCGAGAAGUUCAGGAGAUGGAACAGACUGGGAAAAGGAAGACCAGUGUCUCAUGCCUGAAGCCUGGAAUGUCGACCAGGGAGUUAUAACCAAACUCAAGGAACAAUACAAAAAGGAGCGCAAGGGGAAAAAGGGGGUGAAGAGAAAAACUACCGAAGAUAUGUUUCAGCCUCAAUCCUAUAUAAAACAGUCAAAACAGGGAUGUGGGAAAAUGAUGGAGCAAAGCACAGGGCCCAACAGGUCAAAGCUGCAAGAUAUGCUUGCAAACUUGAGAGAUGUUGAUGAUCUCCCUUCGUUACAGCCAUCUGUUGCACCUUCUUCUAGGCCCAGUAGCUCAAGGCUCAUUGAACAUGAGAUAAACAGGACGGAUGAAGUGGAAGCUUUAACAUUCCCUCCUUCUUCAGGGAAAUCUUUCAUUAUGGGAACAGAUGAAGCCCUUGAAAAUGAACUGGGUCUUGGAGAACUGGCAGGCCUUACUGUAGCAAAUGAGGCAGAUUCGCUGACUUAUGAUAUAGCCAACAAUAAGGAUGCAUUGAGAAAGACUUGGAACCCCAAAUUUACAUUAAGAAGUCACUUUGAUGGAAUAAGAGGUCUCGCUUUUCAUCCGGUUGAACCAGUCUUAAUAACAGCUUCAGAGGACCAUACUUUAAAAAUGUGGAAUUUACAAAAAACAGCCCCAGCAAAAAAGAGUGCUUCUCUUGAUGUAGAGCCAAUAUACACCUUCAGAGCACAUAAUGGACCAGUGCUCUGUGUGGUGAUGAGCAGUAACGGUGAACAGUGUUACAGUGGGGGAACAGAUGGCCUUAUCCAUGGCUGGAACACAACCAACCCGAAUGUUGACCCCUAUGACUCUUAUGAUCCUUCUGUUCUAAGAGGUGCUUUUGUAGGCCAUACUGAUGCAGUGUGGGGUCUGGUUUACAGUGGAGCGCACCAGCGAUUGCUGUCCUGUUCAGCAGACGGCACUAUACGUUUAUGGAAAGCUACAGAAAUUGCUCCAGCUCUCAAUGUAUUUAAUGAUAAUCAAGAAAUGGGAAUCCCUUCCUCAGUAGAUCUUGUGAGCAGUGACCCAAGCCUCAUGGUAGCAUCAUUUAACAGUGGACACACUAGCAUUUUUAACAUGGAGACACGGCAACGAAUUCUUACCCUGGAGUCCAGUGUGGAUACAACAAUCAGUUCCUCCUGUCAGAUAAACAGAGUCAUCAGCCAUCCAACUCUUCCAAUUAGUAUCACUGCUCAUGAAGACAGACACAUCAAAUUCUACGACAACAAUACAGGAAAACUGAUCCACUCCAUGGUAGCUCACUUAGAUGCAGUUACAAGUUUAGCUGUUGAUCCUAAUGGCUUGUAUUUGAUGUCUGGCAGUCAUGACUGCUCAAUUCGCUUGUGGAAUCUUGAAAGCAAGACCUGCAUCCAAGAAUUUACUGCUCAUCGCAAAAAAUUUGAUGAGUCAAUUCAUGAUGUGGCAUUCCACCCCUCCAAAUGUUAUAUUGCCAGUGCAGGAGCUGAUGCCCUGGCUAAAGUGUUUGUAUGACAGUGCUUCCUGUUCAACUUUAGCUUUGUAUAUAUUUAACCAGCUGCACAAAGAGAAGAGGAGGGCAUGAGUUGUUUUAUCCUGCCCUGUAAUUCAGAGAAUGUUUGUAAGUGUUUAGUUUUGCAGGGUGCUGUUUUCUAAAUUGAGGUUUGCUCUGAUUUCUGUGAGCUCAGCUGGUGCUGAGAGCUUGGAAUCUCUCAGUUUCACAUAGUUAAAAAAAAAAUAAAAAAAUAAAUGCUUUUAUUUUAGAGGGUGUGAAUUUUCGUCCAGGCAGGCCUUGGGUGAAACUAGGUCUACGUAUUCUCUAUUAAUAAAAUGAGAGUACUGGAAAGAAGGGGUCUAAUUGCAUCAGGGAGUAGGAAAAGAGGGAAACUUCCUAGGAUGCUUCUCAUUGAGGAAUCUUAAUGUUAAAUCACCUGGAAAAAGUGAUUCAGAGUCAGUUCACAUGCUCAUUACUGUAUCACGUGAGAGGCACUUUGUCAUCCCUUUGGUAUGAAUAAGUAGAUCUUGUUCAGAGAGCAGUAGCGGAUUGUUAAUCUCAGCCUAAUUUGGUUGCUAGCCUAAGGUAAAUUCAGUUAAAGGAAAGCAGAUUACUAACAUAAAUUAAAAUGCAGCAAAGUUUCUGUUACAUCUUCUAUGUUAUACAGUAAAUAUUUAGUUUGCAAAAAAAUUUAUAUAAUUUUUAAAGACUGUAUUAGCAUAUGGCUAGAAGCUGAGCCUUUACUCUAAGUCCCAAUUAACAACAGACUGAAGCAGUCUGUAUAUACUGUAGUAGCGAUCUUAACUUAUUCAAUGCUGUUUAUUCUUGGAGAUCUGGCACAAGAAAUUAUCCUAAAGCUUUCCAAAGAAGCUGUCGUACAAUUUAGUUAUCAAACAUUCAUCUCCUCUUCCUGUUUCUGCUAAAAAGGGCAUUCUGGGCAUUAAAAGAUAACAUGAAAUACUUUUUUUGAAGAUUAAAAUUAUACCUAAUGCUUUGUAUGAGUCCUAUUAGUGGAAUAGGUGGGAACUAUACAAAACUCCAUCAGUUUGAGAGAUUCUGCUACUUCUGGAGGUAUUUCCCAGCUUCACCUUUUGUGGGACGUUCUAACUUGUCCGCUUUGCUGGAUGUAUCGUGCCAUUGAUUAGGUUACCUGAAGAAUGAGUGCUUCUUGUAACUACUCAACAGAUGUGCUUUGUUUAUCUAUUCAGAGCUUCUCUGUUGACUCAAAUGACAAAUAACUAUUAAUCCAAUCUUUUAGUCUUUUUAUCCCUUCUUAGAGGAAGGUGAGUGGAUUCUUUUCUAUUAUGUGUCAUCAUCAGAGUUAUUGUUCAUAAGCGUGAAGUUGGUCUUUUCCUCUAAUGGGAAUGGAAAGCAGAAUUUCUGCUGGAGAUGAUUUCUGAUGCUGAUGUGAGUAGGAAAGAACCCAAUGCAACUCUUCAUAUACCAACCUGAGGUUAAGACUGGAAACUGAUAAAUAAAUCUUUACCUUUAAACUGACACUUUGUAAACAGAAGUAAUUGAAAGAUAUCAAAAUAGGGUUUGACUGUGUUGUUUUUAGAUGGCAUUAGGGGAUGGGACCACAUUUGAAGCUGAUCUCAGAGUUUAAAUCAAGUAUAUUAUUUAGGUAAAAGGUUGACCUGUGUGCUGUUUGAGCCUGCAACACAUUAUAUGUACUGCUAAAAUAUCCUGGAAUGCCUUUUAUUGCUCAGAAUAUUCAGAUAUGUCACUUCAUGAUAUUGAUAUGCAAUAUAUUUCCAUAGAUAAGAUUAGAACUUCUACCAUAAAACAGAUGACUACAAUAAUAAUACAGAUUAUUUAGUUUUUAUAAAAUGUUUUGGUUAUGAUGGAAGGGGGGAAACUUGGCUGCAAAACUGAGCAUUCAGCUUUGUGAGAGUUCUGUGUACUUGACUCAUAUUCUUUCAGUGUCAUUAUUUUAUUUCUUUUUGAAGAGAAAAUUGCAAAGAUUUAUUUGAAAAAUUCUAAAAGUUAUGUAUAUUAUAUAUGUGUAUAUAUAUUGUAAACAUGUAUUAAAUGUGUCUAGUAAGGGAAGACUCCAUGGGUGCAUUUUAAUGUUUUAGUAUUAAGAGUUCUCUUGAGUUUGUGUAUACAGAGGAUAAUGGUGUGAGUAUGAAAUGAAUGUUGUGCUUUUGCUUACACAGUACAAUAUGUAGUCACAGUUGUUUAAAUUGCUGUACAUAAAAACUAGUAGGCCAGCAUGCUUGUUUUUACAGACUGUCAUUCUGAUUACAAUUGGAAUGUAAGACGUGGCUGUUCAAAUGUGAAUUGAAAGAUGUUUCCUUCUCGCUAUUGAGCUCUUGCUCAAACUGAAAAGUGAUUUCUUUUUUUAAAGCUGGCAAUAGCUAGAGGAUGAGGUGCCUUUAAAAAAAACAAAAACAAAACAAAUGUAGCCUUACAAAGAGGUUGUGGAGUAUAUAUAUUUUUGUGCUUGUCUUCAUAAUUGAUGUCAAUGUCUUUUUACUGAACUUGCUCACAUACUUGUAGGACUGCAGGGUAUUGUGCAUGAGCCUGUCAGAUCUUCUGAACAUCAUCAUAGGAGAUAGGGUUGAAAAAAUUAUUUAGGUUAUCUAGUCCAUCUGCUUGCAAAAGCAGGGUUGUACACUUGUGAGUUUUAAUAUUGUCUUGGCCAGUGAGAUUUUAUAUAUGUUCUAAACAAUUAGGCUUCCUUUGGAAGAUUAUUUCAAUGAUUACAUCUCACUGACAGGAGAAUUUACUUGAUGUUGAGUAGCUCUUUUUUGUAAUUUUGUGCCAGUAUUCCAAGCCUUGUUUUGUACCAUUUUGCAUAUUCCUCAUGGUCUUUGUAAUUUGGAACCCGCAUGCACACACUGGUUCUAUCUGUAUAUUUCCGUUCCUUUCUGCUUUCUUCAUGCUAUUUGUUUAGUCUUCUUCUUUUACACAACUUUUUCUUGUUUUCAGCUUUUAGCUCAGUUCUCCAUAUCUCGGUGUCCAUACUACCAUUCCACAUGCAUGAUUUGUUGGACUUAGUCUGAAGGUCAUCUCUUAAGUGUGGUUGUUGUUUGGUAGGGUUUAUCCUCUGUAAUGUGAUGCUUUUAUGUAGGAAGACCAAAAUUCUGUUGUCUCCCGAACCCAAAUCGUAUUUCUUUAUUUCUCACAACUGCUUUAAAUAACUUUGAGCAUUGCUCCUUUUCGAGUUUCUUCUUCACUUUCAAUAUGUUGUUAUGAACCUUUUGCAGCUAGAGACUUAAUUCCUGUUUCAUGAUUAUCUUGGGUCUUACACGCUUUGAACUUCUGACCCCUGAGGGCACUAAAUUAUUUUUAUUUGUUCCCCUUUUGUGUGCCCUCCUUCCUGGUUCAAUGUCAUAGUAACUUUCAUUAAUGUGAUACAUACUUUAAUUGAAAGUGUAAACAAAACUGGACCUAAGGCUUAUUCUUGCAAAAACCAUUUUUCUACAACAUCAGUAUAUAGUGUUUUACCAUUGCUAUUUUUCCCAUAUCUAAUUUACAUGCUAAAUUCUUUUCAUGGUUAACUCAUAUAAUUUUUUGUGUAUGUUAGCCUGUGCUACUGAUUUUGGUUUUACUAACUGAUUUAAUGGAGAAUUUUCAGUUUUUCUGUAUGUUGAAAGUUGGUCUGCUAGUUUUAAAUACUCUUAAUUUACUUCGCUGUGCUGUUUGCUUUAACAUGUUACCAAAAUGCCUGCUCAGAAUGAUUUGGAGUAGCCUGGAAGAAGCUCCAGAUAUAUUGUGUCACUCUUACAAAGUUCUGGUGUCUGCAUUUAUUUUUGUGCCUCAAAGAGAAAACUUUUGACAUACCACAUAAGUGAUUUUAUUACUUUUAAAAGAAUCACCUGAUGAAUAUUUUGGAAUCUCAUUUGUCUUUAUUUUGAUAAAAUAUGUUCUCUAGCAAGAAGCCUGUAUAACUAUAUGCCACAUACUAUGGAUUAUUUUUUUAGGAUGUAUAUUUUCAAAUAAUGUUAAGUUAAAGCAGUUCCAUAUGCAAUGUGGUUGAGUAAGUGUGUGGUGUUCACCAUACAGCUUUGUGAUUAGGUCAUACAACACCAUUUUUCAGUUGUGAAUUUAAAGUAACCAGAAACUUGUCCUUUUCAAUAAAUAUGGGAUAGACAAAGGGCUUAGUUACACCACCUUUUCAGUACACUUGUUGGAUCACAGAUGUGUCCCCAUUCCUUCUUCCUUAUGUUUUAACAAUGUAAUUUUGGGGAACAGCAAGUUCCAUAAACUCAUGUGUCAUUUGAGCAGUGUUUGAUGGGCAGAAGUGUUAGUCUAUCUCAAAGGAAACAAAAAAUUGAAAAGGGGGCUUAACCUUCAGAUAAGCAAGUUCGGGGUUUUUCAAAUGCCUUUCAAGGUGUGUAUUUGGGAGCGUUUACAGGCUGUGGUUAAGCAGAGUGUUUGCAGACUGUCCCGGGUAUCCAAAAGCCUACUUGAUACCUGUGUGAAAUACCUAGUAAACCUGAAUUGCAUUAAGGAGGGAAAUGCAGCCAUUGUACUUGUCCUGUGUCUGUACAGGAGACUGUAGGAAGCAGGGAAACCAUUUGCUGAACUCUCUAGGGGAUAGAGUGUAGGUUAAAUGGCCGGAACUGAUGUGCCCUUCAUGUGUCUGGUGUCAUCGUGGUGGAUUUGGCUGAGGAGCAGUGCAGUGGUUAGCCUGAUGGUGCCACAAAGAAAAACAUAAAAAUUUAGAAUAACAAAUUUACUAAGGCUUUCCCAAAGUUGCAGGUUGUAUAAAGGAUAAAAUCUACUCUCUAUAUCCAGAUUCCAAAUUACACACUGUUUUGUCAAAAUAGAAGGCGAAGAUUUUUCAAAUUUCAAAAUUUUGGAUGAGAUGGCAAGAGAUUUGUAAUAGCUAUUACUUAAAAUCUAAGAACAGAACUUACUCUUCUGCUGACACAGUCUUCAUGUUGGAGAACCCUCUUAUGUGAAGAUAAGCUCCUCAGACAGUGGGACUACUCUUUUGCAUUGGAUAAGCAUUUAUUUAAAAACAGAACACAGGACUAAGUUUUUGUCUCAUGUCCUUUAGUAUUGAACCAAAGUCACAAAGUUUGGGAUGCAGAGUAGAAUUUUAGCUUUGUUCCUCAGUUUUGUUUUUUUUCUUUAGUUAUAACCUACAUAGUUAAUAUAUAUUAUAUACAGUGCCAUCUAUAUGACACACUUCACAUUAAACAGCCCAUGCUGUA